CGAGUUUUCUGUGUGCUGCUUGUAUGGUCUGACAAUUUGCUGUUGUAGGGCUGUGGAAGGUUCCCGGCGGCGGCUGUUAAAUCGUUCCAUUAAUAGAGUGAUCUCCUCUCCUCACCCCCGGAGACCUGACAGUAGGCACCUGACUGAAACUACGAGGUGGUCUGCCUGAAAAAAAAAAAAGGCGGAUCUCAGCGGCCUGCUGUCAGUGACGGUAUCCGGGGGGAGAGGGGAGGUAAUCGGUGACACGGAAAACAGUGUUACAAACGGAGGCCGACAGUGACGCACUCAGAGUCGGUGCAGAUUGUAUCGAGAGAGCCCUGGACCUGGUUAAGGGCAGAGGAAGAAGGUUACUGGGUUCUUCCUUGGCCGGGUUUUGAUGAGGAUGAACCCGCGAAGGGAAUCCGGAUCCUCCUCGGCAGCUUCACUCACUAGCGGCUGAGACUUCCCAACACACCAGCGGUAUUUAUGAUUGAUGAAUAAUCCCUUUUUCACGUGCCAGCUUCGGUUAGAUAAAACAGCUGAUGUACAAAAGCAGGAAUUUGCUUUCUACUGCUGAAUGAUGAUAGGUAUGGCAUCACAGCUGCAGGUGUUCUCCCCUCCUUCAAUAUCGUCCAGUGCCUUCUACAGUGCGAAGAAACUCAAAAUCGAGCCUUCCGGCUGGGAUGUUACCGGACAGGGUAAUAGCAGCAAAUAUUACGUGCACAGCAAAAACAUCCCAGUGGUGCAAGGACACGCUAGUUCAUCUCACCACAUAGCUAGUUUCAGCCUUCCUACUUACGAACCCAACCUGCUGAUACCAGCCACAGCAGCGGAGCACAUUGUUGUAACUGCGGCAGACAGCACAGGCAGCGGCCCCACCGCCUCCUUCCAGAGCAGCCAAAUCCUAAGCCACAGAAGCAACGUUUCUCUACUGGAACCUUACCAAAAAUGUGGACUGAAAAGAAAAAGUGAAGAGGUGGACAGCAACGGUAGCGUACAAAUUAUUGAUGAACGGCCACCUCUGAUGCUUCAAAACAGAACUGCGGUGGGUGCUGCUGCCACAACCACCACUGUAACCACUAAAAGCAGCAGUUCAAGUGGUGAAGGGGACUAUCAGCUUGUUCAACAUGAAAUCCUGUGUUCUAUGACUAACAGCUAUGAGGUCUUGGAGUUUUUGGGCAGAGGGACAUUUGGUCAGGUAGCGAAAUGCUGGAAACGGAGCACCAAGGAAAUUGUAGCCAUUAAGAUUUUGAAGAACCAUCCUUCCUAUGCUAGGCAAGGACAAAUUGAAGUGAGUAUCCUCUCUCGGCUAAGCAGCGAAAAUGCAGAUGAGUUCAAUUUUGUGCGCUCUUAUGAGUGUUUCCAGCACAAAAAUCAUACCUGCCUUGUUUUUGAAAUGCUGGAGCAAAAUCUUUAUGACUUCCUGAAGCAAAACAAAUUCAGUCCCUUGCCGCUAAAAUACAUACGGCCUAUCCUACAACAAGUGGCCACAGCCCUAAUGAAAUUGAAAAGCUUAGGGCUGAUCCAUGCAGAUCUUAAGCCAGAAAACAUCAUGCUUGUAGACCCAGUGCGUCAGCCUUACCGUGUGAAGGUCAUAGACUUUGGAUCUGCCAGUCAUGUGUCGAAAGCGGUGUGUUCCACCUACUUGCAGUCUCGAUAUUACAGAGCUCCUGAAAUCAUUCUUGGAUUGCCAUUUUGUGAAGCAAUUGACAUGUGGUCACUUGGUUGUGUCAUAGCAGAGCUUUUCUUGGGGUGGCCUCUUUACCCUGGAGCAUCAGAGUAUGAUCAGAUUAGGUACAUAUCCCAGACUCAGGGACUUCCUGCGGAAUAUCUUCUCAGCGCUGGGACAAAGACCUCAAGAUUUUUUAACAGAGAUCCUGAUCUGGGCUACCCCUUAUGGAGAUUAAAGACACCAGAAGAACAUGAAAUGGAAACUGGGAUAAAAUCUAAAGAAGCACGGAAGUACAUCUUUAACUGCUUAGAUGAUAUGGCGCAGGUGAAUAUGUCUACAGAUCUAGAAGGCACAGAUAUGUUGGCAGAGAAGGCAGACCGGAGAGAGUAUAUAGAUUUGCUGAAGAAAAUGUUGACUAUUGAUGCAGAUAAGAGGAUAACUCCACUGAAAACCUUGAACCACCCCUUUGUCACUAUGACACACCUGCUGGAUUUUCCACACAGCAACCACGUAAAGUCCUGUUUUCAGAAUAUGGAAAUCUGCAAGAGGAGAAGCAAUAUGUACGAUGCAGUGAAUCAGAUAAAGAGUCCGUUCACCACUCACGUUGCUCCUAACACAAGCACAAACUUAACUAUGAGCUUUAAUAACCAGCUGAACUCUGUGCACAACCAAGCUAGCGUGCUGGCAUCUAGCUCAUCUGCUGCGGCUACUCUUUCACUGGCUAACUCUGAUGUCUCAUUACUUAACUAUCAGUCGGCACUUUACCCACCCUCUGCUGCUCCGGUCACUGGAGUUGCACAGCAAAGUGUGUCACUGCAGCCCGGAACAACCCAACUUUGCACUCAGACAGAUCCAUUCCAGCAGACUUUCAUUGUCUGCCCGCCAGCUUUUCAAGCUGCUGGGCUUCAAGCAACCACCAAACAUUCCGGCUUUCCUGUUCGUAUGGACAAUAGCGUUCCGAUAGUGCCACAAGCCCCGGCUACACAACCUCUUCAGAUCCAGUCAGGAGUCUUGACACAGGGAAGCUGUACCCCACUAAUGGUAGCAACUCUUCAUCCACACGUAGCCACCAUCACGCCGCAGUAUGCGGUGCCAUUUACCCUGAACUGUGCAGCCGGGCGGCCGGCGUUAGUUGAACAGACUGCUGCAGUACUGCAGGCCUGGCCUGGUGGGACGCAACAAAUUUUACUUCCAUCCGCGUGGCAGCAGCUUCCUGGGGUUGCCCUUCACAAUUCUGUUCAGCCAACUGCUGUUAUUCCAGAGACCAUCGGAAACAAUCAGCAGCUCACAGACUGGCGAAACGCACAUUCUCAUGGGAAUCAGUAUAGCGCAUUGAUGCAGCAGCCAUCUUUACUGACGAACCACAUGACCUUAGCUGCCGCUCAGCCCUUAAAUGUGGGGGUUGCUCAUGUCGUUCGACAGCAGCAGAAUGGCAACAUGUCCGCAAAGAAAAACAAGCAACAGCACGUUCAGAAUAAUGCCAAGACACUCUCUGCUCUGGAUAUCAUCCCUUCUCAAGUCUACUCGUUGGUGGGAAGUAGCCCUCUUCAUGCCACGCCUUCCUAUAAUCCACUCCUUCCAAUCCAAGAGCAGCGCCAGCCUAUUGUUAUUCCAGAUACACCUAGUCCGCCAGUGAGUGUUAUUACCAUUCGCAGUGAUACUGAUGAAGAAGAAGAUACCAAGUAUAAGCCAAUAAGCAAUUCUGCUAUGAAGCUGAGAUCUAAUGUCAUAAGCUAUGUGACGGUCAAUGACUCUCCUGAUUCAGACUCCUCUGUGAACAGCCCUUACUUAGCAGACCACCUUGCUACAUUAAAUGGCAUGCCGGGCAUUUUUGAACUUCCAACUAAUAGAGGCACUCAUAGCCAGCACACCAGCUCUCGAACAAUUAUUGUGCCACCGCUAAAGACACAGGUUCAUGACUACACUGUGGAUACCCAAAUAUCUGGCAUCUUGAGUAAUAGCGGGAAAGUAAAAAGUUCCACCGCUUCAAAUGGACAAUCAUCCAGUAGCUGUAUUACUCAAACGGGUUAUCGCUCACACCGCAUGGUAAAUGGAGUACAGCCUCUCAACCUCAGCCAGAACCAGCCGUCGGCUAUGAUGGGAACCCAGGAGAGAAACAUGAACCAGUCUUCUCGCAGACAACAAGCCUAUGUUGCACCGCUCCCAUCUAUCUCUCAGGCACCAUUCACUUUUCAGCAGAGCAGCCCCUUACAUUCCACUGUUCAUCCCCACCUUGCAGCAGCGGCAACAGCCACCAGCCAUUUAGCGAGCCAGCCUCAUAUGUAUACCUACGCCCCUACUACUGCUGCAUCCCUGGGAUCCACCACAUCUAUUGCUCACCUGUUCUCCCCUCAGGGAUCCUCAAGGCACACCACAUAUGCUACACAUCCUAGUACUCUGGUACACCAGGUCCCAGUCAGUGUGGGACCCAGCCUGCUGACCUCUGCCAACUUGGCACCUGCACAGUACCCUCAUCAGUUUGCAGCCCAGUCAUAUAUUGGUGCCUCCAGGGGUUCCGCGAUUUACACUGGAUACCCUCUAAGUCCAACCAAUAUUAACCAGUACUCAUACCUAUAAUAAAGACUGCACGCUUUUUAAGGAUUGACUGUUAUACAGCGAGAUUCCCAAGAAGCAUGCUUGAAAUAAGUGGAACUCUUCCGUAAUAAUGACUGCAUUCUUGUAGUCACGUAAGCUUGUUCAGUGUUAAGUUUUUCUGUGGUUUGAGUCUCUCCUUCGUAGCAUUCUCUUGUAUUGUUUCUUCACAGUUAAAGGACACAUCAUGCUAGAAAUUUGGGCUUCUGUACUUGGAGGGAUAGUUAUUGACUGUGAUUAUUAUACAUUAUCUUGCUACAAUCUUAAAUUUUUUCAAGCUAUUUUAGUCAGUAUAUUUAAGGGAUUUUUAUUAUUUUAGACCUGUAUAUUUGCAGUUUAGUUUUUAAGUAUAGAAAAUUAAGUUUGAUCUUUUAAACAUUUUAAUGUUUAAUUUUAAAUGUUUUAGAAAACAUUUUUUUUUCUUGCUUUUAUGUUAAAAAACAAAAGUUCCUUUUUGUUCCUCACAAAGUGUUUAAAAAGUAAAAAAAAUAGCUGCUUUGUUUACCUACUAUAUUGCAAGAGUUAACUAUUUGUUUCCUAUUUUCAUUAAUAGCAUUAUUUCAUUAAUAUUUUGUUUUCCCAAUAAGAAAAUCUGUUUAAUUUAUUUUAGUUGGCACAAACAUUUACAUUUUCAAUCACAAAGAUGUGUUGGCAAAGUGUGAUGCAUUUUUACAGUGUUAACCACACUGGUAUCUGCAUUAGAUCAAUCAAACCUUUGGAAAAUGUUUAUUGGCAAUUUGUUUGAUAGCAUUUAAAUAGCUGAAGUUCAUAUAUAUUCUGAUAGCAAUAUAAUAAAACCACAGAAAUCGGA